AUGCCCGACCUAGUGCUGGGAGGCCAUGCGCAGAACUACAAGCAGGAGAACCCCUACCGGGGCGUCCCCUUGGACCACGCCGUGGUUGUGGAUGAGGUGCGGCCGUCUGCCACCGAGGAAGGCUUCCCUCAGCCGCUCUUCGGCCGCCUUCCGAAUGGAGUCAAAGUCAUCGCCGUGGAUCGACAGGGUCUUUGCACCUCUUUGGGCCUCUUCGUCCAAGCAGGCAGCCGCUAUGGUUCUGCCGAGCAGGCAUGCCUGCCGCACAUGUUGGAGUUGAUGGCGUUCCGGUCCUCUGCGCACCUGACGCACCUUCGGACGCAGAAGACGCUCGAGCAGCUAGGCGCAGCAGCGUCGUGCCGCGUUGGCCGAGAGGAUGUCCUCUACCAGGUCGACGUUUUGCGGGAGUAUGUGCCUGUGGCAUUGCCCCUCAUGCUGGCCAAUGUACUUUGCCCCCUGGUGCUUCCAGAUGAGGUUGCGGAGUCGCACCAGCACAUUGCGGAGCUGCAGCAAAUGUUGGAGGACAAGCCAGAGAGCCUUGUGGUGGAGCUACUUCAUGUAGCCGCUUACCAGGGCAACUCCCUGGGCUAUCCGCUCUAUGCAACAGAGCAGGACUUAGACAAGUGCUCUGCAGACAGCAUCCGGGAGUUCAUCGCAAGGGAGUGCACGCCGGACACGCUCACGGUCGUUGGUGUCAAUGUCGACUUCGCGGAGCUUUGCAAGUGGACGGCACGUAGCUUCGCAGAGCAAGGCUCCAGCUUCGCUGGGCUCCCGGAGGGUGCAACGCGUGGCGACAUGGUGCCAGCGAAGUACACAGGCGGCGAGCUGCGGAUGAGCCGGCCAAACCCGCUUUGCCAUCUCAUCUUCGGUUGGGAGGUCCCGGGUGGCUGGAACGGAAAAUGGCUGGCAGCUGCCACGGUGCUGCAGAUGUUCCUCGGCGGCGGUGGCAGCUUCUCCACUGGCGGCCCAGGAAAGGGCAUGCACACGCGCUUCUUCACCGAGAUCCUCAACAGGCAUCACUGGGUGGAGUCAUGUCAGGCUAGCACGGUGAUGUACAUUGACAGCGGCCUUUUCACGGUCUACGCGACGACUGUGCCAGAUGGUGCCAAAGACUUCGUCGACGUGCUGGCCAGGGUGUUUGAGGGCGUGAUGAGGAUGACGCCUCUCGAGCUAGACCGUGCGAAGAAUGCUUUGGCAUCCAGUAUCCACAUGAACCUGGAGAUGCGGGCCGUGAUGAUGGAGGACCUCGGGCGGCAGAUGGUUCUGUCCGGCAAGGUUGGAUCUGCCAUGGAGUUUACGCGCAUGGUGGGCGAAAUCGAGAAGGAAGAUCUGAUCGAAGUUUUGCGGGUCUGCCUCAUGUCGCGAGUCAGUGUCGUGGCAUUCGGAGCCAUCGAGAAGGUGCCUUCCUUUGAAAGCAUCGAGAAGCGGUUCUCAGAGCUGAAGUUUCCUGUCUCGAGCAAGCACAACCCGCCGUAA